CUCGGUCCCGCAAGCAGAGUGCGGGACCCCUGGGGACAGUUAAAGACCCCAGGACCGGACCCCAGACCCCGCGCGGAGGCCGGAGCGGGGCGCGGGAAGGCGCUGGGUCGGCGGCAGCGCCCACCGGCCGUCGGGGACCGGCUCCUGGCCCCACACACGGCGCUGCCCGAACCGGGACGCGCCGCGAGUCCCCUGCGCAGACUAGAGGCGCUCACCCCGCCCCCGCAGCGACCGCACACCAAUCAGGCGUCGGCGAGCACAUGACGCCGAGCGACCAAUGGGAAGCCUGCGCCUUAGCACGACCCCGAGGCCCCGCCCCAUCGCGUUCCGGGGGACGCAGGAUGUGGGCCCUCCGGGCCGCCGUCCGCCCGAGAGCAUGGCUGUUUCGCAUGGUUGUAAGGGCCGCACCGCCGCUGCCAGCCUGCCCCGUACGCGCGCUCGCCGCCUUCGGCCCCGGGGGUCCAGGGGACCUGCGGGGUAGAGGGGGCGGAGGCCGGGGCCCACGGGCGGAUGGCUGGAGAAGCCGAGCGGGAGAGGAGGACGAGGAGGAGCCAGAAGAUGCGGAGGAGGAGGAAGAGGAAGAGGAGCUGCUGAGGAGGGACCCUUUGCUGCCGGCGGGGACGCAGCGCGUGUGCUUGGUUCACCCUGAAGUCAAGUGGGGACCGGGAAAGCCGCAGCUGACGCGAGCCGAGUGGCAAGUGGCAGAGGCGGAAGCACUGGUCCACACGCUGGACAACUGGUCGGUGGUGGAGACGAUGGUGGUGCCAACGAAAACGCCGGACAGGAAGCUCAUCUUCGGCAAAGGCACCUUGGAGCACCUGACGGAGAGAAUUAGAGGCCUGACGGGAAUCUCAGCUGUCUUCCUGAAUGUGGAGAGGGUGUCCCCGUCCACCAAGAAAGAGCUGGAGGCCAUCUGGGGCGUGCGGGUGUUCGAUCGGUUCACCGUUGUGCUGCACAUUUUCCGCUGCAACGCACGGACCAGGGAGGCGCGGCUGCAGGUGGCACUGGCGGAGCUCCCCCUUCUGAGGUCCAACCUGAAACACGACAUUGCCCGCUUGGACGGACGAGGAGGGGGCUCUCGCUACAUCAUGGGGUCAGGGGAGUCUUUCAUGCAAGUAAAGCAGCGUCUCUUGAAGGAGAAGGAAAUGAAGAUCCGGAAGGCCCUGGACAGACUCAGGAGGAAAAGGCAGCUCCUGGGAAGGCAGCGGAGGAGGCGGGAGUUCCCGGUGGUGUCUGUCGUGGGGUACACAAACUGUGGAAAGACCACGCUGAUCAAGGCGCUCACAGGAGACGCUGCCGCCCAGCCGCGGGAUCAGCUGUUUGCGACGCUGGACAUCACGGCCCACGCGGGGUCCCUGCCCUCCCGGAUGACUGUCAUCUACAUGGACACCAUCGGCUUUCUGUCCCAGCUGCCCCACAGCCUGAUCGAGUCCUUCUCCGCCACCCUGCAGGACGUGGUGCACUCGGACCUGAUCGUCCACGUGAGGGACGUGAGCCACCCCGAGAGCGAGCUGCAGAAGGCCAGCGUCCUGUCAGCCCUACGCGGCCUGCAGUUGCCCGCCGCGCUGCUGGACUCCAUGCUGGAAGUGCACAACAAGGCAGACCUGCUGCCCGGGUACAGCCCGGAGGGACCACGUGUCCUCGCUGUGUCUGCCCUCCUGGGACUCGGGCUGGAGGAGCUGAAAGCUGAGGUGGAAGACGCCAUCAUGAGGGCAACAGGGAGGCAGGUCCUCACCCUCCGUGUCCGGCUGGCAGGGCCCCAGCUGAGCUGGCUGCACAAGGCAGCGACGGUGCAGCAUGUGGAAGUGGUCCCCGAGGCCGGCGUGGCCCACGUCACCGUUAUCAUCAGCAGCUCCGCUUAUGGCAAGUUCCGGAAGCUCUUUCCAGAAUGACAGGUGGCCUGUGGCCUGGGGACCGGCGUUUCAGCCGCAGAGAUCUUUCCGCUACGAGACAUGAAAGCCUAGUCCCUGCGUCUGUACACCAGCCUCUGUGGCUCCUCCCGUGCGGGCUGCCUGCAGGACGGUCUGCCGCAGCGGCCACUGAAGGACGCAGAUGCAGUUUCUUCGUCCCCUGCGUGUUUCGCAGUCACAGCUGCCCGGCCUUGCUCUUCCCCAGCCUGACGUCAGCGGACUCAUCACCAGUGGGUCUCCCCACAAAGGCAGAGGACAAAGAACACGUGUCGUCACGGAAGCAGCAGGCCAGGAGUGCGAUGAGUGUCCCCGGAGCCACUAAGAGACCACACGACAGGAACACUCGCCUCUCACAGACGGGGCACAUGCGUCCAUCACACACGUUACUUGUCACCCACAGGAAACAUGAAACGGGGCAUCUUCUCAGUGACCAGGAGGCUCCAUCCUGGAGCAGAACUGGCAGGACCCCGUUGCUGACACUCCGAAUGCAAACAGCCUCCAGGACGACCUUCCUGGUGCCAAGUGGCUGGAGGGCCUGGGCACUCAGGCUGAUGAGCCCUCAGGGGCACCGAGAGCCAAGCGACUGCAGGUGCCAUCCGGAAGUGCUGCAGAGACGGGGUUCUCUCUCUCUGUCGCCCCCUGGCACCCAGGAAGCUCGUUGUUUAAUUAUGUCCCUUAGAGUUGCAUCCGCAUCACAGGGCCCAGGACCUGGGCUCUCAGGACCCCCGGCUGCGUGCGGAGCUGCACGUCUGGUCCACACGGUGGAUGGGGCUGCCAGCUGCCCAGGGAGGCCGUGUGGCGCAGGACAGCCGCCUCUAGGACAGUGACAAGGCCAGUCCAGCAAACCUGGGCCUCAGAGCACCUGCUUCUCGGCCUGCUUCAGCCCAGCCCUGGGGAUCAGCUCCUACGGGGGCUCCGAGGAGACCCUGGCAGGUGGGGGGCGUCCUGCUUGGGCUGUGCCCCCAGGCUCCCGGCCCAGCCUGCUCGC